GCACAGUCAAGUUUUUUUUUUUUAAAUCCAGCUUUUUUAAAAAAUAGAUCUAGAUCUGUUGGUCUGGUUAUGUCUUGGAUAAUAAUUAUCGAGUAUAAAGCGAGUCGAGUAGUAAAUAUUACUAUGGUCUCAGUAGACACCCUGACCCAUGCAUCAGCUGAUUUACUACAUAAUGUCGUCAUUUGAGUUUUCCAGGUCUAAAUCUCAAGACUACAAAAGCUCCAUCAGAGGAGCAGCGGCUCCUCCCUCCACACAGAUUAUGUCAUCAGUCCUUUAUAUUCAUGUGUCCAGCAGGUGUUCAGAAGCUGUUCGACUGGCCUGCUUCACCUUCUACUCUCAUCUAAACCUCUGCACUUCACACAGAAAUAAAGCAUGAAGUGUCUGAACAACCGGGCUGAGACUCACCUGAGAGGACAGGUGGAGUGUGAGCUGGACGCUGUGGGCCGAGGGGCCUGGGUCAAUCAGGGCUACUGUGGUUCUCCUCCACCUCUGCCACGGGCUGUCAGCACCAUCUACAACCCUCAGCCUCUUUUCCAGGGCUCCAUGGACAGCAUGUACAAACUGGACAGUCCCGGUCUGUUUGACCAUCCACCUGUGGAGCAAACACCUGCUGAGAAAAGUCAAGAGAAGAAACAAAGAGGUUGCUGCUCUUUUAUCAAAGGGCUUUGGGGCACGACACUGAUGGAAAACACCUCCAACAACAGGGAACUGUUUGUACGAACUACGCUGAGGGAGUUACUGGUCUACGUGGUGUUCCUGGUGGACAUAUGUCUCUUGACGUAUGGUAUGACCAGUUCCAGCACCUACUAUUACACUAAAGCCAUGACCGACCUGUUUGUGAACACGGCCAGUGAAAGUGGGGUUAGGUUCCAGUCCAUUGGUACCAUGGCCGACUUCUGGGCUUACACUCAAGGCCCAUUACUGGAUGGCCUCUACUGGACAAAAUGGUACAACAACCAGUCACUGGAGAGGGGAGAGCAGUCCUUCAUCUACUAUGAGAAUAUGUUGCUGGGUGUCCCCAGGAUGAGGCAAAUAAAAAUCAAAAACAACUCCUGCAAAGUCCACAAAGACUUCCAGGAUGAGAUCACAGGCUGUUUCGAUGUUUACAACAAGAAGAAGGAGGAAGACCUCAGCUUUGGUCUCAUCAACGGAACAGCGUACGUUCUUCUUCUAUUUCUACCACCAAAGAUGAGGUGUACUGUUAACACAGUUACUCUAAUUUUUCACCUUUGCAGUUGGACCUACCACACUGAGAAGCAGGUCAAAGGUUCCUCUCACUGGGGCCUGCUGACCACAUACAGCGGAGCAGGAUACAUCCAAGACCUGAACCGCACAAAAGAUGACAGCGCCACCAUACUCCAGGAACUGAUAGACAACCUGUGGUUGGACCAGGGAACCAGAGUGACCUUCAUUGAUUUUUCCACCUACAAUGCAAACAUAAACAUGUUCUGUGUAAUCAGGUUGGUAGUUGAAUUCCCAGCUACUGGUGGAGCAAUCCCUUCUUACCAGAUCCGAACGGUCAAACUUCUUCGCUACAUCACCUAUUGGGAUUUCUUCAUCCUUGGCUGCGAGGUGGUGUUCUGCCUGUUCAUUCUCUAUUAUGUUGUGGAGGAGAUUCUGGAGCUACGGAUACAUCGGUUCUCCUACUUUAAAAGCAUCUGGAACAUACUGGACAUUGUUGUCAUAUUGCUGGCCGUGGUUGCCAUCGCAUUCAAUGUGUUCCGUACGGUCAAAGUGGACAAGCUUCUUGGCAAACUGCUGGAGCAACCAGAUAUCUACGCCGAUUUUGAAUUCCUGGCAUUCUGGCAAACACAAUACAACAACAUGAAUGCUGUCAACUUGUUCUUUGCGUGGAUCAAGGUUUUCAAGUACAUCAGCUUUAAUAAGACCAUGACUCAACUGUCGUCCACACUGGGGAGAUGUGCUAAAGAUAUCCUGGGAUUUGCCAUCAUGUUCUUCAUCGUCUUCUUCGCCUACGCUCAGCUGGGAUAUUUGCUCUUUGGUACAGAGGUGGAAUCAUUCAGCACCUUUGUGAAGUGCAUCUUCACCCAGUUCAGGAUUAUUCUGGGAGACUUUGAUUAUGACGCUAUCGACCGUGCUAACAGAGUUCUUGGACCGAUAUACUUUGUCACCUACGUGUUCUUUGUCUUCUUUGUCUUGUUGAACAUGUUUUUAGCCAUCAUAAAUGACACGUACUCUGAGGUCAAGGAGGAGCUCUCAUCGCAGAAGGAUGAGCUACAGAUCACAGACAUCAUCAAACAGAGCUACAUGAAGACCUUCAUGAAGUUGAAACUCAAAAAGGAGAAAAUAUCUGAUGUCCAGAAAGCCUUACAUUCUGGAUCUGGAGAGAUUGAAUUCAAGGACUUCAGAGAAACUCUGAAAGAGAUGGGACAUGCUGAUCAUGAGAUUUCUGCAGCUUUCUCACAGUUUGACCAUGACGGGAACCAGAUUUUGGACAAAGACGAACAACAGAGAAUGAAAAUGGAGCUGGAGGAAAAGAGGGAUGCUCUGAGUGCUGAACUGAACAAACUGGGGAAGAACUAUGAGAAAGACUUACUUGAGAAACCGGCCAAAAACUCCAACGAGCAGAGGCACACCGGUCAAAUCUUUGUGAACCGGGAGCAGUUUUUAAAGCUGUCCAGACAGGUCCUCCAUCUGGAGAGCUCCAUGACAGGCAUCACACAGAGGAUUGAUCUGAUUGUGGAGAAACUGGGAUUAUAUGAGAGAAACAAACAUGUGAGUGUGGGCAGAAAUAUUCAGAGAUUAUAAAAUAUUAUAAAAACAUUAUCAAACUGCAUGUAAGUACAGUAAGAAUGAAGAUGUUCACUCUCUUAGUAGUAUUUACUUAAAAGACAACAUGAUGCUGGAACUGUUUGAUCUAGUUCCUGGUGUUGUAGUAGAGUUAUCAUCCUCCUGGUGAACAUGUUGGUGGCUGACUAAAUACUUUGUUGCCCCACUGUAUAAUUUGUGCCAUUGUCAUGACAACAGCCCCCAAAAUCUAAAUAGAUUUGUCUAAGAAAUGUUC